UUUGGCACCCCUAUAUAUUAUUAUAAGCUGAUAACAUCUUCCCCAAAUACUUGGCAUAUACAUAAGCCGAGAUCAUUUCUGCCACCUAAAAUCCCCUUUGCCCUCUUUCGCUUCUCUGCUCUAAAACUUCAUCCAUGGCUCGCCGUAGCUCCGGUGGAAGAUCUGCUCGUCCUACUCCACGUGCUGCACCAGCUCGCCCCGCUCCAGCCAACCAUGCUCCUCCUCCAGCUAAUGUUCAGAGCGGCGGUGGAUCUAUGCUUAGUGGUAUUGGUUCAACCAUAGCUCAAGGUAUGGCUUUUGGCGGUGGAAGUGCAGUGGCACACAGGGCUGUGGACGCUGUUAUGGGUCCUCGCACUAUUCAACAUGAAACUGUAGUUAGUGAGGCUGCGGCUGCUGCCCCUGCACCAACUGCCAACUCUUUUGGUGGUGAUGCAUGCAAUAUUCAAUCAAAGGCUUUCCAGGAUUGCCUGAACAAUUAUGGAAGUGAGAUAAGCAGGUGCCAGUUUUACUUGGAUAUGCUAUCAGAAUGCAGAAAGAACUCUGGAUCCUCAUUGAGCAUGUAACUCUGUCUAAGAUGUUUACAACUAGAGAAAGAUAUUAAUUAAAUAAAUUUUUAUUUAACUGGUGACAACUAGAGAAAGAUAUUAAUUUAAUAAAUUUCUAUUUAACUGGUGGCAAACUGGGAAAGUUGCAUGGAAGGAUCUAUUGUUUAAUUUUUUAUUGAUACUUGAAAGCUGUUUAGUUUGUCUAUCGUAAUAUUUUUUUUAUUGAUACUUGAAA